GUUCUGUUAUGUUAAAUUGAAUUAUCAGAAUACAAGACACAAUAAUGUUGGCAACUAGAAGAAGCAAAAGGAACCGUGUGCCGUCAGAAAGCGACGAGCUACAACGCCAUAAGAGACUCAAGAAUGGAAUGACAUCUAUAAAGAGGGAAACACAGCAGCCCCUGACAUCGAUACCACAAAACAUACCCAGUAUGCCAAUUGUCCCUAAGCAGGAAAUGUCAAAGGUCAAGGAGGAGGAAAUCUCCAGCAGUGAGGAUGAUGAUGAGGAGGAGUGGGAUUUAGAGAAGAGAAGACAGAGAAACAUACAGGACAAUGCAGAAAUCUUCUCCAGAUUAGGAUUUCAGCAGGCUAAAGUGGAGUUACAGAUGUCCUCUAAAAAAUACAAACCAAAGCCUGCUACAAAGAGGAUGAAGGUUCCUAAACCAGUGUUACCCAGUAGGAGGAGCCAGCGGUUACAGAGAAUUGACCCUGAUGGCCAGCCACUCCCAGAACUUCCUGUUGUCGAAACUCCAGUGUUUGAACAUGCCAGAAAACCCUCGGGCCCCUUGUCUAUGGUGGAUGCCUUAUUUACAGGUAACCCAAAGGAGGACCAUGACCUGCUUAUGUCUUGUCUUGAUGACAUUAAGGUGAAGGUCAGCUGUAAAAGGGAGGAUAACUCUCCCCUAACAAGUUUUGUCAAAGAUUUAAACAAGCUGAGGUUGCAUGGAGACGGAGUGUCUAAGGUUGUGCCAGACAGAAUCUUCUCUCUUGCUAUACAUCCUGUAGAAAGUCGUACCUUAGUGAUGGCAGGGGACAAAUGGGGGAAGCUGGGAUUCUGGGAUGUGGUGCGAGAUAAAUCGGACGAAACAGAUGGUAUAGUUGUUUACCACCCUCAUUCUCGACCAAUCAACGAUCUUCGAGUCUCUCCUUACAAUCAUCAACAAAUCAUCUCGGCCAGCUACGACGGAACUUCUCGAUGCUGUGAUCUUCAGAAGGCUGUGUUUGAUGAGGUGUACGUGACAGAUGAAGAUGACGACAAUCUUUUGAAGAAUUUUGACUUUGUUUCUGCGGACACUCUUGUUUAUUCCCAGCAGGAUGGCACUGUUGCUUUUGUGGACAGAAGAACCCCUGGGACAAAUGCAGAGCAUGUAUACUCUCUCCAUCACAAGUCCUUACGUACUGUGUCUGUACAUCCCCUGAACAACCAUGUUAUCCUCACGGGCAGCACUGACUGCACGGCGAAGAUAUGGGACAUGAGGAAUCUGAAGACAGGAGGGAAGUCCAAUAAAUGGCUGGACGAGAUUGGUCACAGUAAGAAUGUUUACAGUGCCUACUUCUCACCAAUCACUGGGAAGUACAUACUGACCACAUCACUGGACGGUACCCUCAAUGUAGUGGAAUGUUCAGACUCAUGGUCUGGAAAACUGGGAAAGAGAAAAGUUAUCAGACACAAUAACCACGUAGGAAGAUGGCUGACUCCAUUUCGGGCAUCAUGGCAUCCAUUACGUGAAGAUGUGUUUGUGGUGGGAAGUAUGGAGAGACCUAGACAGAUACAAGUGUAUGACAGCAAGGGUAAGAUCCUACGUAACCUUACGGACCCUGACUGUUUGGGAUCAGUCUGUUCCCUCAAUGUAUUCCACCCGACACGAAAUGUGCUAGUGGGAGGUAACUCUAGCGGCAGGUUGCAUGUGUUCAUGUAGAACUUGGCCAGCAACAAAUAUUGAUGGAAAGCGAUUUCAUUUUAUUGAAAAAUGUGUGGAAUUCAGUGGUUUGAUGAGAGGAAACUUGUCAAGAUAAUCAAACUGCUCUAGUUUAGUUAAGAGCAAAAGGAUUAUUUUAUAAACUGACUGUUGGACAGACAUAUUUAAAGAAAGCUUUAUGAUUGAUAUUUUAAAGAGAACUGCAAAAAAUGUUUUUCUGUGUAGUACAUGCUUAUAAGUAAGUGUGACUUUUUUUUCUGUUUUCAAGCAUAUUCAAAUAUAUAUACAGCAUAUGCAUUAUCAUAUUUUAAAAUUCCUUUAAAGACAAAUGGUUUUAAAAAUUUUCUCUUUUGAACAGUCAUUUUAUUGCUGUACCUUUUAUUGUUCUAUACUGAUGCAUGUUAUGUCUGUUUUACACAAUUAUUGUGUUUAAAUGAGAUGGAAAACAAGAAUUACACCAAAAGAAAAACUGAAAAUUUAGCAUGCUAACUGUAGAAAGUAAUUUUUUGUUAUCUUUAUAAAGCUGUAUGCAUUUUGAAUGUUGAUGCAUUCAUUUUUUUGCGCAUCCUGUAAUUAGUUUAAUUUUUGACUGUUAAAAGCAUUAGUUAGAAACAGUUAGUAGUUAGUAUUAGUAGAUAUUAUUAACAUUGUCAGCUCAUUAUACCAGUUUAAGAUUUUCUGUGUGUUCAAAAACAGAAUGUGUUCAAAGCCAGAAAGUGUUCAAAAACAGAAAGUGUUCAAAGACAGAAAAUGUCGAAGUUCAUAUUGUAUUUAUCCUAAUAAAAAAUCUCAAGAAGUUCUCUCUUUAUAUAAAGAUAUUCCAGUAAUAGAACACUAUUUCAUG